AUGGCAGUGAGAUCGUGUAUUAGCACUAUCAAGUUAUUGGGUCUAGGUUCUCUUGGUUUAUUAACCACCUCAAUUAUCUAUCAGUCGAUACAAAAUAUUCCUCAAUUGAUUGACGGGAUAAAUUCCAUUUAUCAGCUAAACUUAUCGACAUUGAACCAUCAAAUCUUAAAGACAAAGCAAUACAUCUUGGGAUCAAGGAUUAUAAAUGGUGUGUUGACCGGGUUGAGCACCUUGUUCUUUUCACUUGCUUUCAAAUAUAGUGCUGUUGAUGAGAAACAUCCUUAUUUGAUAUAUGCUGCUAUUGGCGCCCCCUUGAGCUUAUUCGGUUUAUACUAUAAGGCUUGGAUCUAUGAGGAUAAGAUCUUGAGCAAGAGUGAGAGUGGAAAAGAUAGGAAACAUACUAAAUUUACUUCACCUGUUACUAGUUCUGUUUCCACUUCAGACAUUGAGUAUGAAGAUGGUGAUGAAGGAGAAGAUGCAGGAGGAAAAGAAAAGAAGAAAGAUUAUAGCGAACCAACAGAAACCAUUUCAAAAGUUUGCUCUGCUGAAAAUGAAUUAGGUAGGUCGUAUGUUCAUCUUUCCGAUGAAUCGGGUAUAUCUACUCCAACCUCAACUCAACCACCAUCACCACAAAUCAAACAACAAAACAACCAACAUGAAGAUGAAGAUGAGGACGAUAUUGUGAUUGGCGAAUCAUCAGAACAGCCAAGGAAGGCAAAAACUGUAGAAGAAAUUGAAGUGGAUGCAGAAGUUGAAACAAUUUUAAUCAAAAAGGAAGUUGUUCAAGAUUUAAAACAUAUUCGAUCGGGAUAUUACAUUGCUUCCUAUAUUUCUGGAGUGAGUUUGACACUCGCUGUUGUUGGGUUAUUUGGCGACUUUUACUUUUUGUAA